AUGAGUGAAAACGGUUUUUCACCACCAUUAACAACUAGUUUACCACCAAUUAAUCUACUAGCAAAUCAACUACCAAAUUUAAAUAAUAAUAAUAAUAAUAAUAAUAUAACUAAUGAAAAUAUUUUUAAUAAAAAUUAUUUAAAUAAAUGUUGUAAUUGCAAAAUUAAUAAUUAUAAUAAAAGGUGUAAAUAUAGAAAAAGGAUAAAUAAUGAUUUAAAAGAGUUGAAAGAUUUCUUAUUAAAUUUUAUUGUUGAACUUGAAAAACAAAAAUGUACAUUUCAAAUAAUUAAAGACGAUAUUAAUAAUUAUAUAAACGACCCAAUUUUAGAAGAAGAGGAAGAGGAAGAAGAAGGAGAUGAAGAAAAUGAAAAAGGAAUUUUUAAUUAUAAACUAAUUUUAUUAGAAUUGGAGAAUGAAGAUUUACCAGAGAAAUUAAGUAUUUUUAAACCAAUUUUUGACUUUAUUUAUCAACAAAUUUUUGAAGUUUCCCAAAGUUGCAAUGAUUUAAAAUUAAAUAUCCAAUUAAUUGAAUACCAAUCUUUUCCAAAAAAUAAAACAUCAACUUUGAUUGAUAAUCUAUUCCUUUUUCCAUUUUCACUUUUCUUUUAUAAAAUUAAUAAUUUUUUAAAAUUUAUCAAAAAUAGGUUAUCAUUUUAUUUUAACUCUUUAUUAAAGAAUAAUCUACCAAAUAUUAGAAGAAAAUAA